AUGGUUGAAAUACCAAUAAAGUCGAUAGUAUGUGUGGAAAUUCCAGGUAAAGUGGAGAAUUUGGAUAAUGCAAUAUUUGCUUUAGGAGGUAUGGAAGGGAUAGAGGAGUCAAUAAAUACAAAAACUUCAAUAAAGUUAUUAUUUUGCCGAGAAGAUCCAUAUAAUCGUCCUAUUUGCUCAGAUUUCAUGAAAAGAACAGGAAUACUUCUUCGAAAAUUAAAGUAUUCAGAUGGAAAAAUAGAGUGGAGGGUGAUAGGAGACGUUUCUCUUGUUCACCAAUUCACCCAAAUGGCGGAUUUCUAUUUUAUUCCUCCUCCAGGUUUCAGAGAUAAAAAAACAAUACACGAAGAGAUUAACGAAGAAAUUGUCGGUACUCCAUUUAUUCCGCCAGCAGUAUUUUCAAAAGUGACUCAUCCUGUCAGUAUUAAAUGGACAAGCACUAAUGGUAAUUUUGACAAAUCUACAAAUACCAAUAAUAUUACGACUAGUUUAGCACAAGAUACAGUAGGGUCUUUAGUAUCGGGCUCUCAGGGAGAGCCAAGAGAUAAUGAUGUAGAAAUGAUGGAUGCAACAGAAGAACAGGAAGAGCAGAUAAAGAGUGAAGGACAACAGUACUGGAACGUAGUAUUUAAAUAUUCAGAUAGUACAGUUCCAAGUAUGCCACUAAAAAUAUCUACUAGUAUAAAUCUCGACAAACAAGCACUAAAUACUCUGAGAGAGUUAUUUAAGGAACAGCCAUUAUGGUUGAGGCCAGUGAUAGAAUCUAAAAUCUCUUCAGAAAUUUCGUCUUGGAAAAAAAAGUUGCUGUUUACACAGGUUUGCUAUAAUAUUAGUGACGGGCCAUGGAGGGCAUGUCUUUGUAGACUAGGCUAUGACCCCAGAAAUGAUCCAGAGUCAAGAAUAUACCAGACUCUGGAUUUCAGAGAUCCAUAUCUUAGAAAGGUUCUGAAAGAAAAGAGAAUUGGGAUCAACGUUAAAGCUGAGGAAGAUUUAGGAGAAACUGUUUUGGACUGGCAAUUUAAGGUACCUCCUAAAAGGGGAUCACAGCUUUAUCAACUUUCCAAUAUUGAGGACAACCACAUUAAAAAAAUAAUCAAAGAAGCUGUUCCUUUGGAAUCGUGUACAAGGGAAUCAGGUUGGUUUAAAAAGUCUGUUAUUGACCAGAUCAGAGAGUUGCUAUCCCUUAAAUGUGAACAAAUGAGGCGGCUUGAUAAUAGCUAA